UUCAUAUAUCCGUCAAAAGGAAAAUCACCAGACACCGUUCAUUAAAUAUGAUUUCCAUCUUAAUCGCGCUGUUUACCGAUACGUGACUCUCGAUCCCAACUGCCCAGUCAGUCGUGAAACCAUUCAUGAACUUGAACUCGCAUCCCAGUGCAGGUGUACUCGAAUUAUGGAUCAUUUUGAGAUACAGCAUCGUUUUAGAGUUUUUUAAAGACUCCGAUUGCGUCACACCAGAUGUUCCCGCGGUGACAGCAAUUAUACCGCCGGUAGACGCAUUUUCCAUGAAUUCUAGGCUAGUGCCAAUGUCGCUACUAGAACUGGUUUCCCUAGUCUUCCCAGAGCGUUCUAUGUAUAAAUGAGCGGUGUUCGCCAGAACUGUGGCCAUUUACAAACUUAAAGCUGUCGCAUACGCAAUGAUUCACUUGAGGCUGGCGAUCAUCUGCUGGAGCUGCCUGCUCAUUGUGAUGGCUACCACGACGGAAGCUGCUUCGGUUUGGAAACUACCCACCGCGGAGAUGGUCUACGAGGAUUUGGAGAAGUGUCGCCAAGAAAGCCAAGAAGAGGAUGCAGCUACUUUGAGGUGUUUGGUAAAGAAACUGGGCCUUUGGACGGAUGAGAGCGGCUACAAUGCCAGGCGGAUAGCGAAGAUCUUUGCCGGUCACAACCAGAUGGAGGAACUGAUGCUGGUAGUGGAGCACUGCAACCGGAAGGAGCAGGACACGAGCCACCUGGACGACUGGGCCUUCCUGGCCUACAGGUGCGCCACUUCCGGCCAGUUUGGCCAUUGGGUCAAGGACUUCAUGAGUCAAAAGGACGUGGAUCAAUGAAAUACAAUCGUGAUGGAAAAUAAACCUAAGGAGUGUGCAAUUUCUAGGGGGUAAUACCAGAUUUCAGCCCAAGGGAGCCGAUAAAAAAAUUGAUAAUUGAGCAUGAGCAAUGAUGAGAAUCUAAGUUGGCUAGCUGCACUACUGGAUUUGGGCAAUCCCAUUUGUUUAUUGUUAACAACAAUGUGCUUAUUUUCAGCAUCUGCCA